AUGUCAAAGGCCAUCACAUCGUCAAAAGUGGUGAUUGACCACACCAUCGCUCCUGCCACUAUUGUCUACUCAAUUGAAUCAGGGAAAAUCCUCAAGAUUUUCCCAGGAAUCCUCAAACCCAAUUGUCCCGAACUUUCUCGAUACGACAUCACCUCGAGCAAUAAUAAUUAUCGUGAUGUUUCACCGUACGUGAUCCUCCCUGGCCUUGUCGACGCUCAUGUUCAUUUGAACGAACCAGGCCGUACCGAAUGGGAAGGAUUUGCCACGGGGACCCAAGCCGCGGCUUUUGGUGGGGUCACCACCGUGGUGGAUAUGCCCCUCAAUGCCAUUCCUCCUACCACCACAUUACAAAACUUCCAUACGAAAAUCCACGCCGCCAAGGGGAAAACUUGGGUCGACGUGGGGUUUUGGGGCGGGCUCGUCCCCGACAACCUCGAUGAUUUGGAACCGCUCAUGGACGCGGGAGUACGGGGUUUCAAAGGGUUCCUUAUUGAUUCUGGGGUCGAUGAAUUCCCAGCGAUCGAUACUGGGUAUAUCAACCAAGCGCUCGAGAAAGUCAAGGGACGGUCCACGGUGAUCAUGUUCCAUGCAGAAAUGCAAGACCAUGGGGUUCCCCACAUUGAAGGUCUAGAUGAAUGUUGUAAACUGUACCAUCAUAAUAAUGAAGGAAAAUCAUCAUCUGAUGGGGGGCCGUCUACUACCAUCACCAGCUCAUCAGCAUUGGAAAAUGGAAGUAUCGACGAAUUGGAUUUAGAUAAGUUGGAUCUCGGGACCUCCGAAAGUUUCAUUAGCAACAAAAACACCAAUCCACCACCUCCAUCAUCAUCAUCAUCAUCAUCAUCAUCGUCUAAAAAAUCCUCCAAUUAUUCUACUGCUACCACCCUUACCGCCGCCCAAAAGGACGCCCUUGCCAGUUCCCCAGUACUUUCUCCAGCCGAACCGAAAUUCGGUCAACCUUCCGAACUCGCAAAACAAUCCCCAAUCCUUAGACCCAUUGAAAAAAACCACGCUUCCCAUAGUGACUCGCCAAUCCUUAGGGCUGCCAACCUUGACCCCUCGUUAACCGGUAUCAACCCUACCCUUUACAAUUCUUUCCUUGCUUCCCGGCCUGACCAUUUCGAAACUGUCGCCAUCACCAAUAUCUUGGCCCAGUCUCUAUUACACCCAACGGUUCCUAUUCAUAUUGUCCAUCUUGCAUCUCAAGAAGCCGUGCCAUUGAUAAAAUUCGCCCAAUUGCAUAAUCUCCCCAUCACCGCCGAGACUUGCUUCCAUUACUUAUCGCUUUCUGCCGAGAAAAUUCCUGCCAAAGCCACCCAUUUCAAAUGUUGUCCGCCAAUCCGUACCGAAAGUAAUCGAAAAGCCCUUUGGCAAGCCCUCGCCCAAGGUAUCAUCACCACGGUGGUAUCCGAUCAUUCUCCUUGCGUGCCAGAACUUAAAAACCUCAGCGGCGGCGAUUUCUUCAGCGCAUGGGGUGGUAUCGCCUCCGUUGGCUUGGGACUCCCGAUCUUGUAUUCGGAAACCCUCAAAAUGCUUUCUAAUGGCAAAGAUCACCGGUUCUCUCUCGUCGAUAUCGUCAGAUGGUGUUGUGAAAACACCGCAAAACAGGUGGGGUUGGACCAUCGUAAAGGGUUCAUCCAAGAAGGUCACGAUGCCGAUUUUGCAAUCUUUGACGAUAAAGUCAGAUGGAAAUUGACCAAUGACGCCAUGCAUUUCAAAAACAAGUUGACCGCGUAUCAUGGCUUUGAAGUGGUUGGGAAAGUGGUGGAAACCGUGGUUAGAGGUAAGAGUGUAUUUGUCUCUGGUAGAGGUCAUAGUGAAACCCCAUUGGGUGGCUUGAUUUUGGAACCAAGAAAGUGA